AUGCAAAUCACGCAACUUCCCAUCUCCGCGCUCCCCGCAUGGUCUAAACUCAAUGCCGUCGAUUUCCUUGACAUCAGUGUCCAGGAUCUCGGGUCCUCCAAAGGCCUCGGCCUCGUGACUUCGCGGGCGCUCAGCAGCAAGAAUACAUUUGAUAUCCCGACGCUGCUUGUGGUGCCGAAUGAGCUGGUUUUGAGUAGGGAGGCGGUGGGCGAGUGGGCAAAGGUUGAUGGGCAUCUGCGGGAGCUGCUUGGCGCUGCUGGGGGGAAGUCGACGAGGGGGGAUAUUAUGUUGUUCUUGCUGAUGCAAAUCACGAUCGCGGCGAGGCAUCACGGAAUGAACGUUGGGGCGUCGAAUCCGUGGACGGAGUAUGUUAGGAUGUUGCCGGAGAGUAUCCCGGUACCUACGAUGUGGAGUGAGGAGGAGAGGGUUAUGCUUACGGGAACCUCUUUGGAGACGGCUGUUUCCGCUAAAUGCGCGUCGCUCAUUUCGGAAAUUGAAGAUCUUCGCGGAAAGACCGCCGAGAUAGCGUGGUGUCAGAAGUGCUGGUGGGAAGAAGAGUCACUGAGGUACGAAAACUGGUCUCUGCUCGAUGCGUGGUACCGAUCCCGCUCUCUUGAAGUCCCUAAUGCGGGCGAGUCGAUGAUCCCUUGUGUUGAUAUGGUCAACCAUGCGGCCGAAGCAAACUCAUACUACGAGCGUACCUCGGAUAACAACAUCGCUUUGUUACUCCGGCCUGACACCCAACUGGAGGCCGAGUCUGAGGUCACUAUAAGUUAUGGUUCUUCAAAGUCAGAGGCUGAAAUGCUGUUCAGCUAUGGUUUCAUAGACGAGCAAGGCACGUCAAAGGGCUUGACUUUGAACAUCGACCCAUCCCCUGAUGAUCCACUUGGGAAAGCCAAAGCUGCAGCUUUUUCCAAGUCCAAGACCUUGCGGAUAUUUGGAGAAGAAGACAUCGCCUGGGAGAGCCCCUUCAUUUACUUGAUGUGUCUGAACGAAGAAGACGGCCUCGAGUUCAGAGUUCUGCAAGAGACGGAUGGGUCGCGGGGUCACUUGAAAGUCUUCUGGCAGGGGGCAGAUGUCACAGAUGGCACAGAAAAAUUCGAAUCUCUCAUAGAUAAACAUGAGCUGAAGGAUGUGUUUAAGCUGCGUGCCAUUUCCAUACUUCAGGACCGGAUCCAGCAGCAGCUCGAAAGGCUGUAUGAAAGUGAGGAUGCGGUAGAGGCUCUCGCGUCCACACCAAUUGUCCCCUGGGAUCGCCAGAGAAGUGCCAUGCAUCUGAGGAGAAGCGAGACGUCGAUGUUGGAAAAGGCGUACGCAGCAGCAAAUCAAGAGAAAAGCAAGUUCUUGGAGAGUGAGGUCGUGCUCAGAUAUCUCCGAUCGAUGGAUGAUGACGAGGACAGGCCGGAAGAAGCAGAGGCCAAUGAGGAGGAGGACUUUUCAUGA